AUGAGGCUUUACAACUCUAUUUCUCUUGUGUUUUUCUCCCUUUUUUGCAUCCAAGUUCUCAUCCUUCACUCAAUAUGUCUUUGUUUGGCCCUUCCCGGAAAUGAGACAGAUCGACUAGCCUUGCUUGAAGUCAAGGCUAGAAUAACCAGUGACCCCUCUGGAGCCCUGGCUUCAUGGAACGAAACCAACCACUUUUGCGGUUGGCAUGGCGUUACAUGUGGCCGUCGUCACCAGAGGGUCACCAGUUUGGUCCUCCAGUCCUUGAAACUUGCAGGCUCUAUAUCACCCCAUAUUGGAAACUUGAGCUUUUUGAGAGAACUUAAUCUCGAUGACAACAACUUCAGCCAUGAAAUCCCUCCACAAAUCAGCCGUCUGCGCAGAUUGGAAGAUUUAAUCUUGUCGAAUAAUUCACUUCGUGGAGAAAUUCCCACCAACUUAUCAGCUUGCUCCCAACUGUUAAGGAUUUCUUGUGGCGUAAAUUUGUUAGUAGGAAGCAUUCCAGAAGAGCUUGGCACUUUGUCAAAGCUAAGAGUGCUCAGAUUUUCCAAGAACAACCUUACAGGAAGUAUCCCAUACUCUUUUAGCAACUUAUCAUCUCUUAAGACUCUUGAAUUUUCUGAAAAUAAUUUGAAGGGGAAUAUUCCAGAUAUUUUUGGUCAACUGACCAAUUUCAGGUACUUUCAUGCUGACGUAAAUAGGCUGUCUGGUAUGAUCCCUCCUUCAUUCUUCAAUGCUUCUUCUAUACUACAGAUUGGAAUUGCAAACAACAACAUCCAAGGGACGUUGCCUUUAAACUUAGGUAAUGCCUGGCCAAAUCUCAUUCAUUUUGGUACUGGCCUGAACAAUUUUAGUGGAACUAUUCCUGCUUCAUUAUCAAAUGCCACAAACCUAUAUUAUCUGGGACUGGAAGCAAAUCAACUGCAUGGACAAGUCCCUUCUCUGAAAAAAUUGCAUCGGCUUGAGCGGUUAGGUCUUACUCAGAAUCAUCUUGGAAGCGGAGAAUUUGGCCGUGACUUGGGUUUUCUUUGCGAUUUGGCUAACGCCACUCGUUUGGAAGUUUUAGGCGUCAAUAUAAACAAUUUUGGGGGUGUCUUACCUCAAUGCAUAGCGAACUUGUCUUCUUCUCUUGACCGGUUCUAUGUAAGUGACAAUAGAUUAGUAGGAAGUAUCCCAAAUGGGAUUGGAAAUUUAGUUAACCUGGAGAGCCUGUAUCUAUCUAUGAACCAAUUUUCUGGUGAAAUCCCCCCUGAUCUAGGCAAGCUUCAAAAGUUAUAUUCAAUGGAUUUAGCUAUAAACUCUCUCUCUCGGGAAAUUCCUUCCUCUUUUGGAAAUUUAAGUCAAUUAACUAUUUUAUAUUUCGAUGACAAUAACCUUCAAGGAAAUAUACCUUCAAGUUUAGGAGACUGUCACAAUUUGGAAAUCUUGUCUGUUCCAAGAAACAAUCUCAGCGGUAUCAUUUCCCCAAAAAUCAUCGGUCCAUCAUCUUCAUAUAUUUUUUUGGAUUUAUCCCGAAACCGUUUCACCGGUCGCUUUCCUCAGGAAGUAGGAAAACUUAUAAAUCUUGAGUAUUUAAAUGUUUCUCAAAACAUGUUAUCUGGUGAAAUUCCUGCAAGCCUUGGUAGUUGCAUCAAAAUAGAAUCUCUAGACCUCCAAGGAAACUUUUUCCAAGGCACAAUUCCAUCAUCUUUGGGUUCACUGAGAGGUAUUAGAGCAUUAAACCUAUCUGGAAACAACUUGUCAGGCAUGAUUCCGGAAUUCUUGGAGCGUUUCAAAGUUUUGCAACUUUUGAAUCUAUCUGAUAACAAUUUUGAGGGCAUGGUGCCUAUCAAAGGAGUUUUCAAGAAUGCAACUGCCACAUCAGUUAGAGGAAAUAGUAAACUUUGCGGGGGCAUACCGGAGUUUCAAUUGCCAAAAUGCAAACUGCAACACUCUAACAAGAGAGGAUUGAGCCCAACCAUGAAAUUGAUAAUCUCUCUAGUUUGUGCGGUUCUUGGAGUCAGUUUCACACUAGCCUUUUUGUACUUCCGUUACUCACGGAGGGAGAAAAAGGAUCCCACUUCAAGUGAUUCAGAAAAAAAUUUCACCGUGUCUUACCAAAGUCUUCUGAAAGCUACUGACGGAUUUUCCUCUGCCAACUUGAUUGGUAUGGGCAGUUUUGGGUCUGUUUAUAAAGGAGUACUUGAGAGAGCUGAAACAACAAUUGCCAUCAAGGUACUCAACCUGGUCCACCGCGGAGCUUAUAAAAGUUUCACUGCUGAGUGUGAGGCCUUGAAAAAUAUUAGACACCGUAAUCUUGUGAAGGUACUCUCGGCAUGUUCGGGUUCCGAUUAUCAGGGUAAUGAUUUCAAGGCUUUAAUUUAUGAGUUCAUGGUUAAUGGGAGCUUGGAUGAAUGGCUGCAUCCAACGCAAAAAAUUGGUGAGAUAAAUGAGCGACCAAGAAGCUUAACAUUUUGUGAGAGGUUGAACAUUGUUAUCGACGUUGCCAUGGCAUUGGAUUAUCUCCAUCAUCAUUGUGAGACGCCAAUAGUUCACUGCGACCUCAAACCUAGCAACAUUCUUCUCGAUGAGGAUAUGGUUGGACAUGUAGGGGACUUCGGAUUGGCAAGAUUCCUAAUCAAGCCGUUUGAAAACUCUUCUGGUUAUCAAUCAAGCUCCAUUGGUGUAAAAGGAACAAUUGGUUAUACUCCUCCAGAGUAUGGUAUGGGACAUGAAGUGUGGACACAAGGUGAUGUCUACAGUUAUGGCAUCCUCCUGUUGGAAAUGUUUACAGGAAAAAGACCAACCGACGACAUGUUUCAAGGAACUUCAAACCUUCAUGGCUUUGUCAAGGAAGCUCUACCUGAGCAAGUGAUAGAAAUUGUGGAUCCGGUUCUUGUUCAAGAAAAAGUGGACAGGGAGAUGAGCAGUGCAAACAAUCGUCUUAAGGAGGAUAGCAAAAGGGCUCACAUCAAAAUUGAGGAGAGCUGGAUUUCAGUUUUAGAAAUUGGUGUUGCUUGCUCUGCAGAGUUGCCUAGAGAGCGGUUAGAUAUUACUGACGCAAUGUCUGAAAUGUGCCGAAUAAGAAACAAACUUCGAGCAAAUAGAAUAUGCCAAUAG